AUGUUGGCGGUGCGAUGCCGUGGUGUUGAAGUUGUUGGUGGUUGUGGGUUUGGUGCUUGUGUUGGCGGUGGCGGUGGCUAUUCCUGUGGCAACUGCGAUGGCAACGGAUAUAAUGUCUCGUGUGAUGUUUUCAACAAAUUCAAGGACCGCCAAGGAAAAUUUGAUGAAUCUUUGAUUAGCAAUUUACAAGGCUUGUUAAGUUUGUAUGAGGCUGCACAGUUCAGAGGAUAUGGUGAGGAAACUCUCGAGGAAGCAUUGAAGUUUACUAUCACCCAACUCGAUUCCAUAGUCCUCCAUGAGAGUAAUUCUGUGACUAAACAAGUUAGGGAAGCUUUGGAAUUUCCAAUUCAUAAGACUAUGACGAGGCUGGGGGCAAGAGGUUUUUUAUCUUUGUAUCAAGAAGAUGAAUCACAUGACGAUAAGCUGCUGGAUUUUGCAAAAUUAGAUUUUAACUUAUUGCAAAAGAUGUAUCAGAAGGAGCUAUACGAUCUUACAAGGUGGUGGAAGGCGUUAGAGUUUGAAAAUAAAUUACCUUUUGCAAGAGAUAGAUUGGUGGAAUGCUACUUUUGGGCAUUGGGAGUAUACUUUGAGCCCCAAUAUUCUCAUGAUAGGAAAAUGCUAGCCAAACUAAUCACCAUGGUUUCUGUCAUUGACGACAUCUAUGACAUUUAUGGGACUCUAGAUGAACUCACUCUUCUCAUGGAUGCAAUUGAAAGAUGGGAUCUUAGUCUCGUUGAUCAGCUACCACCAUACAUGAAAUAUUAUUACAAAGUUCUUUUAGAUGUUUAUGUCGAGAUUGAGGAAGUGUUGGGAAAGACAGGGAAAUCAUACCUUGUUCACUACGUGAUAGAAGAGAAGAAAAGACUGGUGAGAACAUAUCUUCAAGAGGCGAAAUGGGAGUACAGUGGCUAUAUUCCAAACCUGGAAGAAUAUAUGAAAGUGGGAAAGCCAUCUAGCACUUAUUUAUUGUUUAUUUCAGUUUCUUUGACAGCCAUUGGAGAGUUAGUGAGCAAGGAAGCCUUUGAGUGGGUAGCAAGUGAUCCACUAAUCCUACAAGGUUUAGAAGAAAUCGGUAGACUAAUGAACGACUUGGUAGGAUUUGGGUUUGAGCAGAAAAUAUCAGCAGUUGGAUGUUACAUGAAUCAAAAUAAUGGUACCUCAAAAGAGGAGGCUUUUGCAGAAAUUCAAAAACAAGUUACGAAUGCAUGGAAAGUCAUAAACCAAGAAUGUCUUCGUCCAACUGCUGUGCCAAUGGCUUUCCUCAAGCGAGUUAUUGUCAAUCUUGCACGUGUCUCACAUACUAUGUACUGA